UAAUUAGACCCAUCGAACAAUGGUGGCCUCGAAACCGAAUUUUCCUCUUUCUGAGAAUCCAUUGAUAAUCAACCGGUUGUUGUUAUGAAUCUCAAUCAACAAAAAUUAGGUUAAAUAAGCAAAUAUGCAAUGAAUACUUGCAAUGUGCCUAAAUACAAUUCUCAGGACAGCCAUGCUUUGAUACCAAUUGGGAGGGAAGAUUCGAUAUGUAUAUUCCCUCUUGAUUAUACACGUAAAAUUACUAAACACAACCUAGAGGGGAGUGAAUAAAGGCUCGAAUAAUCACCAAUUUAAACCUAGAUCACUACAAUUACCAAUUAUUAAGUCAAUUAGCCAAUUAAGAACUUGAACCUCUUUUAUCAACAAACCUAACAACUCGUCAUGUGAAUUUGAUAUAAUGACUUGUCAAUUGAUUAAUCAAUCACCAAAUUCACCACAACAAUGAUCCCACCACCAAGCCAACAAUUCACAAAACCCAAAUUGAUGACUAACUUAAAUAAAUCAAUUAAAGUGGCAAUUCAUCAAACAUUGUGUGUGCAAUUGCAAGUGUGCGUUUGUGUGUGUGAAAUUAAAACAAUUAACAAGAACAUCCACAACAUAAGCAUUUCUUUGAUGUAGAAAUCCUUUUUAGGAAAAACCGCGGAACUAAUCCUAGUUUACCUAGAGCCUAAUCUACUAAACUCAAAGUCAAUUUGCAAGUACUUGAGUCUUAUACCUCAAUCAAUUUUCAUGGUUGGAUGUUUCUUUCUGUUGUAAAUCUCUACUCCAGAGUCCCACCGAAAUUAUGAGUAGCUUCACUUGGACAUGCUCACUGCAAGGAAUUGUUUAGGCCUCUCGAGCAAUCUUUAAGGCUUCAUACCCAACAGUCUCGGAAUGCACACACCAAUGUGAAGUCGGCACAAGCAGAUGGUAGUCUUUUCCUACCUAAUGGAAAAAAGCAGUUUUGUUCUUUAUUACAUCAAGACCAACUAUUUUACUUGUUUUUGUUAAUUGUAAUUUGGGUGGACGGGCCCAUUCUAUGAAUCACUUAUUGAUAUGCUUCAUAUUGGCCCCCCAUUAUUGGUUGUUGUGUCACUCAGAGUGUCAAUGGCAAGGUCUGGAUUGCAAGGGUUGAGGGGGCUAAGGAGAAGUCGGCACAAGGGGCUUGUGUCCAUACCCAUGCAAGAAGAUGACAUGGAUCCUAAUAUAUUUUCUCCUGUUCUUCCUCUGACCUUCAUCUCUUUGCUUACAUUUGUGCAUAUAGUUCAUGCUAUGAACUCAGUCCUUAAUUUUUUUACUAUGCUGGCAGGAAGAAAAGAGAAAAAUGGUUGCAUCUGCUUUUGGAGAAGAUCACAGCGGGGGUUCAGCGACUCGCCUCACAGUGGAAGAUCUCAAAUAUCUAUUUAUGGUCUAAAACAGAUACCAUUGCAUCUUCUGGGGUGAUGAUGCAGAUUUGGUGCUGAUUCUUUUGGAACACUUUGUGAGCCUGGGAAAAAAGUUUAUAAAUGAAUAGUUGAUUAGGUGGUGGCUUGAGAAGAUGGUCGAUGAGGCAGCUCGUUUGCUUUGCUUGAACAAUAUUCAAACCCUCAAAUAUAUAGAGUGAUCAAUGACUUUACGUCUAUGCAUAAGGCAUUAAGCAUCUCAAGGCCAAUGGAGACUAGGAUGCUGGUUCCCAAUCAUAGUUGGGUGGCUGAUGCAUUUUUGGCUCAUGCUAUUAAAGAUCUGUGGGAUGAGCCUGAGCCGCAUCCUUUAACUGGCUAGGAUAUUGUGGAAGUCAAGAUCCCGACAGUGUAAAAGGUCGAGGUUCAAAAUUUCACCAGAUGUGAGGCGUGUACAUUAUAGUGAAAGAUUAGGUUCUGAUAGGAAAUUGAUCCUCACAAGUUGCGAAAGUGAUUUUCAUGCAUCUUUCCAUUAGGAGUCGAUCAGACCUAGGGCUGUCGGUGGGUUGGGUCGUGUUAGUGUCAAAACUCGUUCAAUCCCUAUCAUAUUAAUUUAUAGGCAUGUAUAGUUGGAUUUGUGUCA